UUUUUUUUUUUUUUUUUUGGCUUCUUUAGCUUGCCGUCCUUACCCGCCCUGCUCCGCGCGGCAUACACGGAAGUGGCUUCUUCAUUCUGACAAUCCGGGUGUUUGUGGUCGCGUCUCGCCUGUUGGCGAUUACUACACAGAAUGAAAGGAAUGCGAGGGCCGGGGGAGAGCCGAGACACCGCCAUGGCCGUGGAGCAGGACAUAUUUGACGCCGUCGUGAUGGCGGAUGAGAGAUUCCAUGGGGAGGGAUAUCAGGAAGGCUAUGAAGAAGGCAGUAGCUUGGGGAUCGUUGAAGGAAAGCAGUAUGGCAUGGUACAUGGAGCCAAGAUUGGGUCUGAGAUUGGAUGCUACCGGGGUUUUGCUCUUGCAUGGAAGUGUCUCCUACACAGUGGCACUGGUGAAAAAGACAGCACCACUCUCCUGCACUUGCUGCCCGGCUGCUGCACCCCAGCGGAUUUCCUCAAGUCAGCCUACAUGGACACGAUAAGCUCGCUCCCUAGGGCUUCUAAGAACCAAGAGGGAAAGCACUCUUCCACCCCAAUGCCCUUUGGCCAUUUCCUGGAAUGCUGACGGCCCCAUGCCCAUUCUCCUGGAUGCCAUGUGACUGUGGACCCGGCUCGGAUGCUUAUAUGGAGCUGGGCUGACAAAAUACCUUCUGGAUCCUGCCAUCAGACAAUUUGGUACAAGAUGAGGACUGUGUCUUCAUAAGCCACCUCUGGCUCUGGUGUUCCCAUACACUCUCAUUGAGUAGGUCGCCUAGCGAGGUCACUGUGGGCUUCCCUCCGUCCAUCUCUUUCUGCUUUCAUUAUUGGGUGGCACCACUCAGACCAGGCGUCAUCUACACCCUCAACCUUCUAGAAGGGCAGGGGCCCACCAGGCACCAAAACAGCCAAGCUGAGACCCAAAAGCCACCUUGUAGAAAAUGAUGUCUAAAGCCACCUGUCCCCACAGGGUUUGGAAACAAUACUAGUCAUGAGUAACUGCCACCCAGAAGACAUCACAGGAGUCUUGCUAGGCCACUCAGGUCUGCAGAACUGUGUGAAAGGCCACCUUGGUUCUUGGCCCUAACACUAAGCAUGGCUCUCUGGGCGCUUGGCAGCACCUAAGAAACAGUGAUUUACCCAGAGCAAACACCCAUUUGCGCCAGACAAGGGGCAGUGAACGCGGGUUCUGUUGAUCUUCCAUCUGCAAAUAAGCAGGAGGGUGAGCUGGCAGCGAUGGGUCCAGAGCGGCUUCUGAUCAGUGGCCGCCGCUGGCCUCCCUGACGCCAGAGGCUCCCACUCUGCUCUUGGCUGCCACUUGCACACACCCUUCCCCUUGGGAAUCCCGGGUUGGUGCCAGGGCAGAGAUGCCACCCAACAUGGCUGUGGCAUUACCCCACUCCUGUUCCCAGAAAACACAGACAACAGUGAGCUGAGAUUUUACCAAUUUUAUUUUCUAGAUUUUUUUUGUCUUUUUUUUUCCUGGACCAUGCUGGUCACAUGUCUGUGCUGGGAAGCGCCAUGGUGUGUCAACCAGAAAUACAAAAAGCCAACCUGGCCACCAGCCAGAGCCCCUCAAAGCCUUUCAAUGUCACAGGGCAGACUCCGUGGACUCACCACCAGCCUUUGGCCUUUUGGCCAAAACCUCACCCCAUCACCAUGGACACAGCGGCCCUCAAGGGUCCUGCCUGGCUGGGAUGCCUCAGCUGAGCUGGUGGUGCCCGUUUUGGUUUGGCAGCUUGCUAGGGAACUUGGGGGCCUACAGCACUGCAGCUGGCUUCGCAAAGGCAGAGUCUUUACAUUAGCACAAUGCUGUAAUUAACACAAAACAAGACGGAACACUAGAACCUAACAGAUUAAAUGAUGCACCGGAGACUCAGGGCAAAUCCCUCCGGGCCAGCAGCAUGGUGGCAUGCACAACAGGCCGCUACAAGUAACAAUAUCGAUAACAGAACAAUCCAGGUGCCCUGACUGCUGUGAUGCUAUGUCUCAGAUCAAAUGAAGGGCCCAGCAUGACAGGAUGAUCGCCAUCAGGGUCCCAGGAUCCCUGGAGGCAGACCGCCCACCUGCCUGCCAGGCUCGUGCAUGGCUAGGUGAUACAUGAGGUAUUGUGAACAGGAACCUGUUUUUUUUUUUUGGAAUACAGCGGUAAUCACAUUAAGCCAAAAUUGAUCACAAUUAAAAAAAAAA